UGCGUAUAACCUCAAAUCAAAAUAUGAAAAACAAAAGUGAAAAUAGAUAAAAGGGAAAAAUAAUAUAAAUUUCACGAUGUUUUUUCUUUAUUUGAUGAGCAUUUUAUCAAUAGUCGUACAGGCUGUAUUUGUAACUUUAGCUAUCGCAUCCGGUCUAUACUAUUUGGCAGAGUUGGUGGAGGAAUAUACAGUCACAGCCAAAUAUGUUAUAUCAUGGACUGUAGUGAUAACAACAGCUCUCCACAUAGGAUUGAUGAUCUUCGAUGACUUGCCUCUCCACCUGAACGCGCUAGGUCUGAUCCAGCAAACGUUACACUUCAUCCUCCUCCGGGAGUUCCCCGUUGUCCGGGUCGCGAACCCAGCGUUCAUAGCUGCUGUGGCGACCUUGUUGUUACAUCAUUAUGUCGCUUUCAAAUAUUUCGGCAUGGUGUAUUAUAAUUUCUCUGAGGUAUUAGCAUACUUCACUCUAUGUCUAUGGGUGGUACCGUUCGCCCUGUUCGUCUCCCUGUCCGCCAAUGACUAUGUCUUGCCAACUACCGGAGAGAAGCAGCCGUUACUUGGUGACAACAAUGUGGUCACAGAUUAUCUAUCGCGCAAGGCGAAGCGGUAUAGUCUAUUGUCUUUCUUCAGUUUUGCAAAAGAUUCCAUACUACCACAGCGUAAUAAGAAAGCGUUUUGAAAUGUCAGAACAAAAUGGCGGAUUUAAAACUUUUAACUUGAAAGAAACCGAAAUGUAACGGUUUCUUAUAACCGGUUACAUUUCGAUAUAACCAUAGUGGUAUGGUUUAUGCUAAAGAAAUCGUUUCAUAGGUCAUACAUACAUUAUAAUCACGCCUCUUUGACAGAGCGGUAAACUUAACUAAUUUAACUAAUUAAAAAAUACAUUACGAUAGAACCAGUGUGUCAAUUCAAUUCAAAAUACGGGUUUUAAAGGUAUUAUUAUAUGAACUCAUUUAGUGAACGAGUGUCUCAUGCUUUUGCAAAGAUUACGCCAAAAUAUUUUAUGAAAUCUGAAAAAAUUCAUAUAUCAUUUUCCCAAACGAAUCAUUACCAAAUUUACAUUUCGCAAAUAAGUACCCUAAUGUAACACAUUAUUAUUUUGCCAUGUCAGAAAUGGGUCAUAGGGUCAUAGGCUCAAAAAAAUCCUGGCUAGACGAUGUUAAAGAUGAUAAUUGUGCCAAUGGACUUAAAACUGAGGAUGUCCGCGACUGGACAUAGAUAAGUAAUAGAAUUAAACAUCCGAAUGCUUACCCUGAACUCUAAAGUAAAAAUUGUGAUAUGUAACUUUGACAAUGUUUUUUUUUGGCUAAAUGGAUUUGCGUAUGAUUGUUUGUGAUAUGUAUUUAACUACAGUGAAUGGGUAAUGGCGGAUAAUAUUAGUCGCCUGUUAUUCCUGUAGGAUUAUUGACUCGUCGUUUUUUUUUGUUAGGUUUAGAUAUAGUUUCAGUGGAAAGCCUUAAUCCCUAUUUUCCUUCUGAUAUUAUAAAUGCGAAAUUAACUCUGCCUGUCUGUUUAUACGUGACGCUUUCACGCCUAAUCCACUAAACCGAUUUCAAUGAGUUGACCCUGAGAAAGGACAUAAGCUACACACAAAAGUGUGUUUGUAAACUCUUUAUUGCACAAAAAGACAUGUUACAAUAUAGUUAAUGGAAAUAAAAAAUAUGUUUAAUAACUUUUUAUUGCUAAAGAAGGGAAGUUUAUAAAAGGUAUUUUCAGUAAACUUUGCGGCGAAAGAAGUCGCAGGCAACAGCUAGUGAGACAUAAUGUCUUAGCAUAGUUUGCGCAUGCGCGUGUAAGGUCAAUUUACACGCCGUAAGUAAAAAUACUCUUUGGAUCGAAGUAUUAUGGCAGAAAUGAUUGCUGAAUGUGGCCUAUUAGUAUUUUCAAGACUGUUGGCAUUGUCUGCCCCGCAAGGGAUAAAGGCGUGAUUAUAUAUAUGUAUGAUUGCUCCUCGGCGUUCUAUCAAACACAACUAAUAUUUACCCAUAUAUAUACCUAUUUAUUUUUCUUCUCUUAGAAAAUAGAAUAAAAAUCUAAAUUCCCGCUUUUUUAUGUCUCCUCUUUUUUAACUUUUCUACAAUACCGAUCUAGUCAAAAAGACAAUAUUUUGUAUAUAUUAUUUUUAUACAUUCAUGUAAAUACAAUUAAUUUUGUUUUAUGUAAAUAUUAUUUUUUUCUUAAUUUUUGUAUACAUUGAAAAUUUUUGUGUAAGAGAUCUUUAUUUGUACUUUAUACUUACUCAUCUAAUAUCAAUUAUUGAAAACCUUAUAGUGCAUACUUUAUGAAACUUAUCAUAUAUACAUAUUUGUCAUAGAAAUUUACAAUACAAAUGUAUAAUAAUAUUCCUGGAAAUAUAUACCUAAAUGAAACAGUCACAUCUAUACCAAUAUUAUAAAGCUGAAAAGUUUGUUUGAACGCGCAAAUCUCAGGAACUACUGGUUCGAAUUGAAAAAUUAUUUUUGUGGUAAAUAGACCAUUUAUCGAGGAAGGCUUUAGGCUAUAUAACAUCACGCUGCAAGUAUUAGGAGCGAAGAAAUAAUGGAAAAUUUGAAAAAAAAACGGGGUAAAUUAUUCAUCAUUGAGGGCUUCAAUGAUGCCCAUAAUAACUAUUCCACGCGGACGAAGUCGCGGGCACAGCUAUAUAUAAUAUUGGUGUAGGUAUCACCAUGUCGUAAACUUUCCAUUGUGAUUUACUGAAAAAGUCUGUGAACGUUUUUUAUAAGAAUAAGAUUUUCGAUUUAGGGAUUAUUCACAUUAGAGGGCAGGCCGUGUUUAAACUCAAACGUGCUUACAUCAGAGUGCAGUUUAAGAAAAAAAAAGAUUAUAACAGGCGCUAUUGUAUUUUUUUUUUAAAAAAAAUAUCUGCGACACUACUCCUUUUAACGAUUGUAACUCUUUCUGAAUAGCACGUAUGGACCUUAACCCGUUCUAAUGAGAAUCAUCUUUUAAUGUGUGUGUA